UUUUUUUUUUUUUUGCCUUCAAUUGCACGACAAGUUCAUUGCUUUUGACUCUGCAAAACAACUUUACUUUUCAUCCCCUAAUCUGAAAGCAAAACCCAUUUGCAAAUAAACCAAAUUACACCGCCUUUUCAUCCCCUAAUCUGGAAGCAAAACCCAUUUGCAAAUAAACCAAAUUACACCGCCUAGUUACUGGAAAAGCCAACAAAUUAACAAAUGUUUUUCUGCAGAAAAGCUUCCUGCUUUCUUACAUUUCCCUCAAAAAGCAUAGAUCUGUGUCCUUAAACCCCAAUUUUUGUCGAUAAAUCCAGCUUGUAGCAACUGGUUUUGGCUAUUUACCUCGUAAUAUCAUUACCCAUCACCAAAAAAUUCGGAUUUUCGGUCAGAAAUCCGUUGUUACAGCCAGUAUUUAUUGCUACAGUGUCAGGAAUCUGCUUUUACAAGUCCAUGGAUCUGUGACUCUGCCUGCCGAGAAAUGAAGCUGCUUUUCUGAGAAGCAGUUCCGAUUCCAUCACAAGCCAAGCAAAAAAAAAAAAAAAAAAAAAACCAGAGCUUUUGGUGGAAGCAGGGAGAGAUGAUUCAGCUGUUGUUCGUAGUGCUUUUCGCCGAGGGGGUUGUGGCGUUCCUUCUGCUGGUGAAAAUUGGGCCGUUGAGGGAGCUGGUAAUAAAGAGCUUGGAUCAGAUAAAAAUGGGUAAGGGUCCGGCCACCAUAAAAACGAUUGCCGGGACCAUGUCUGUGAUUUUAAUCUCCGACUUCAUCAGCAUUGUGAAGAUCCAGAACAAAGGUGUGAAGCUUGGGACGAUGUCGCCGAUGGAUCAGGUUCUGUGGAGGACCCACCUGCUUGAAGCUUCAUUGAUGGGUUUUACCCUAUUUCUUGGAUUCAUAAUUGAUCGAAUGCACCAUUAUCUCAGUAAGUUAAUCGGAUUGAGGAGUAGCGUGGGAGCUUCAAAAGAAGAACUUGAUAGGCUUCAGAAAGAGAAGAUACAGCUUAAAGAAAAGGAAAAUAAAUCGUCCCAAGAAAUCAAGCAGCUGCAAGACAAAAUCUCAACUCUAACAGAGGAUUUGAAGAAGCUGAAAUUGGAAUGUGCAGAGAAGGAUAAAAGCAUCGAAACUGCGGAAUCCCAUGUUGCCUCCCUCCAAAAACAGGCUGCAGAUCUACUUCUCGAAUACGACCGCUUGUUAGAAGACAACCAAAAUCUUCAGACUCAGUCUCUAGGUUAUAGGAUCAGGUAAUUUUGAAACACCGCCGCAGUUUGAACUUUGAGAAGUAUUUUGCUUACUUGUGAUGUUCUUGUCUGACAUCCCCUGCCAAAAAGUUGUUGAAAAUUUUGUAAUUCUCAUGAAAUUAGAAUGUACACUCCCAGGUUUAGUUCA